AUGCGUUGCUCCAUCCCAGUGCAGACGGCAUGUUCAGGUGUCGAAAUACGCAGCAAGACCACGGGGAGUGGCCCCAGCGAGAAAACGGUGCCCACGAUUUCCAUGUCCCUCAGCAUCGACCUUCCAGUGGAAGAGCUGAUCAGCGCGCUGAGUUUCUUCCAGCCACUUGGCCCCCUACGACGCGUGUGGCGCGCGCGUGACGCGCGUGGUGGUUGGCUCGAGCAUGUCGACUGGCUGAUGGCUGAGACGAUGGGCUUUUCUCAUGCAUGUAUUUUCCUGGCGAGAAAGGUCGGUGAAGCGCAGCAGCAGCACUCCCCGCAGCCGGAUGAGGUGCCAACCGCCUUUGACUCGCGCAAGGCUCUGCCAACCGCGUCGGCGCAGGCCGAGAAUUUGGGACUCCGAAUCCCUCAGCCCCAAUUGCACAAUACUGGUGCUCCUCCGCGCCUGGUGGCGCCCAGUGCGGCUGAAACCAAUGAAGCCGAGGCUGACUUGAUGACACCUGCGCUGGCGGGAGGCCUCCCGGGAACGGCUCAGGCGGUCGGAACGCCGGGGGGACGUCGCGUCGCCCGCGUCGCCCGCGGCCAGACCGCAAAGAGGGAGCCCAGGGAGCCCGCACCGCCUCCGGGCCUGACCUCGCAGUGGGAGACAUUGAACAUGGCCACCAGGACGAUGUGUGGAGUCACGAACCUGGUGCGACGCUUGAAGGCUCAGGAGGUGCAGAUGGUCUUCGAACGCUAUGUGGGCCCCAUAGCCCAAUGCACCUUGAUCGAGGACGCAUGCUCCAUCACUUUCAUGAAUGCGGACCACGCACAGGCACCUCAUUCAUCGCUUCAGAGUCCGCCGACAGUUGCAAAAGCGCUCAGGAGGACUUCGCGAAAAACCCAAGUUUGGUGCUUUUUUUAG